AUGGACAAGGUGGUCGGAAUUCUCGGUGGGUGCGGCGGGCAGUUGGGUCGCAUGCUAGCCGCCUCUGCGGCACUACUCAAUAUCGACGUCGUUGUGUUGGAUGUAGGAGAGCACACGCCUUCAAAGCAGGUCAUUGCCCCGCGUGCUCCCCACCUAACACACAUCGACGGCUCUUUCACGGACCCGGCGAAGAUUCGCAAACUUGCGGCCAAGGUGGACGUGCUCACGGUGGAGAUCGAGCAUGUUGAUGUCAGCGUGCUGGAAGAGAUCGAGAGCCAGGUCCCCCUCGGCGUUCACCCUAGCCCGUCUACCAUCAAGACCAUCCAGGACAAGUUCGUACAGAAGCAGCACCUGCAUGCGUCUGGCUGCCCUAUCUCGGACUUCCUUCCUGUGGAGUCCACAGUCGAGGCCGUGCAUGCUGCCGCAGACCGCCUGGGGCUUCCUCUGAUGCUCAAGAGCCGGACGCUCGCAUACGAUGGCAGAGGCAACUUCGUCAUCCGCGAGCUCUCCCAGGCCCAGGAAGCCAUCACCGCCCUGGGAGGUAGACCCCUCUAUGCCGAGAAGUGGGUUCCCUUUGUCAAAGAGAUCGCCGUCAUGGUGGUACGCUCGAGGUCCGGAGAGGUCCUCUCGUACCCUGUGGUCGAGACCAUCCACAAGGAAAACAUCUGCCACCUAGUGUUUGCCCCAUUGCGCAGCCGCGAUCCCUCCAUCUCAGAGCGGGCACGCACCGUCGCAGAAAACGCCGUCAAGAAGCUGGAAGGCGCAGGCGUAUUCGGUGUGGAGAUGUUCCUUAUGGCGGACGGAUCUGUGUACCUGAACGAGAUCGCGCCAAGGCCACAUAACUCUGGUCAUUAUACCAUCGAGGCCUGCGAAACCUCUCAAUACGAGAACCACCUCCGCGCUAUCCUCUCCCUCCCGCUGGGUUCCCCCGCUCUCAAGGUCCCCUCCGCGUGCAUGCUCAACAUCCUCGGCGCCUCCACCUCUAUGGACGAAAUCCGCUCUUUUGCACAGCUCUCACUCACAAUCCCCGGCGCACGCGUGCACCUCUACGGCAAGUCCGAAUGCCGCAAAGGCCGCAAGAUGGGGCACAUCACCAUCGUCGCGGACUCCGACGCGCAGCUCAGCGCGCGCCUGCGCCCGCUGCUCGAGCACCUCCCCGGGGGCCAUGACCCGAAGGAGCUCGACCUGUACGCGCCGCUCUUCCCCGCGCGCGGGUUCUCGCAUCAGCAACCCGUCGUCGGCGUGAUAAUGGGCUCAGACUCAGACCUGCCCACGAUGCUCCCUGCUGCUGACAUCCUGAACCACUUCAAGAUCCCGUACGAGCUGACCAUCGUGUCUGCGCAUCGCACACCCGACAGACUUGUGGAGUACGCGCGCUCCGCUGCAUCGAGAGGACUGAGGGUUGUCAUCGCUGGUGCCGGCGGUGCCGCACAUCUCCCAGGGAUGGUCGCCGCUAUGACCGCGCUCCCUGUUAUCGGUGUCCCGGUAAAAGGCAGCUCGCUUGAUGGUGUCGACUCGCUGCACAGUAUUGUACAGAUGCCUCGCGGCAUCCCCGUCGCUACUGUGGCGAUCAACAACGGUACGAAUGCAGGCCUGCUGGCGGUUCGCAUACUGGCUGCGGGCCAGCCAGACCUCGUCGCCGCUAUGGACGACUACCUGAAGGCCCUAGAAAAGGAGGUGCUCGUGAAGGUGGAUAAAAUCUCCGAGAUCGGUUGGGAUGCGUACGAGGCCGCAAAGAAGGCACGGAGCGGUUAG